AUGCCAGUGUAUCCGGAAGUAGGGGAGAGAGGAAAAUAGUGAACAGAAACACCAGUUUUACUGUUAGAAGAGCUAGUACACUCCCUGUUAGAGUUAACUACAAUACACACAUUUCAUUACAUAUAGCUGUUUAAGGAGUCUACCAACAUGUCGAAUAUGGAGAAGCAUCUCUUCAACCUCAAGUUUGCUGCCAAAGAACUUCAACGAAGCUCCAAGAAAUGUGACAAAGAGGAAAAGGCAGAGAAGACCAAAGUCAAAAAAGCGGUUCAAAAAGGUAAUUUGGAAGUGGCCAGAAUUCAUGCAGAAAACGCCAUCAGACAGAAGAACCAGUCUGUGAACUUCCUGCGGAUGAGUGCCCGGGUGGAUGCAGUAGCUGCCAGGGUCCAAACAGCUCUUACGAUGAACAAGGUCACCAAAUCCAUGGCAGGAGUGGUAAAAGGGAUGGAUGCUACACUGAAGUCAAUGAACCUGGAGAAGAUCUCAGGCCUCAUGGAUAAGUUUGAGCAUCAGUUUGAAACCCUGGAUGUGCAGACGGCUCACAUGGAGGACACCAUGAGCAGCACGACCACGCUGACCACGCCUCAGAAUCAAGUGGAUUCACUGAUGCAUGAAAUGGCGGAUGAAGCCGGUCUGGACCUGAACAUGGAGCUGCCACAGGGACAAUCAGGGUCUGUGGGUACCAGUGUGGCCUCUGCAGAACAGGACGAACUAUCUCAACGCCUCGCCAAACUCAGAGACCAGAUGUAAGAGAGGACGUCUUUCUAUUGCUGCCCCGACACAGAUCUCGGAUGGACAUGCUUUCUGACUGUAAAUGAAUAAGGCCUGAUCUUUUCGUCAUGUUUCUGCCUCUCUUUGCAACUGAUUUUUCCACAAAAUAGAACAAUUUGAAAGCUCUGGUUCCUACUUAUAUUUUUUUGGUGAGCGGUAGAGAGAUCCAGACCAACAUGAACCUCAACACUAAAACGAAGACUUUCUGGUUGUAGAGAUGUAUGAGAAUAUUCAAAUUGCGAUGGUUAUAUUCAGCUGGUGUACAUUAUGUUUGUUUAAUUGUUGUGAUUUGUAAGACAUUCCUCAUGUCAAAACAAAAGUUGCCUUUUUCCCCUUCUGUCUGGUGUCUUGUGGUUUAUCUAUGUCCUUAUACAAUUAUUACAUGUGAAUAAUGGAGUUUAAAGAUGUGUAUAUAUAUUCUUAUAACCUGUAUCAGAUGUGACUUGUUUAAAGUAAACAAAUGGUUGCUUGAUUUUAUUCAUAUCUUGAUUGACAGCUCAGAGUCCUUAGGGAUUCCUAUUCACUGUUUAGGUCUAUUGGAGAAUAAAGUUUUUAUAACAUUG